CGCUUGAGGCGCUCGAACUCUACGCACCUAUCCUAACCACGAAUAUAUCGCAACGCGCCAGCAUUCAAUCAGAUCGCAAAUAAAGAGGCUUCAACAUUUCGAUAUAUUCGAGUAAUCGACUUAACAUGCUCUUUUUAAGGAAAAGAGUAGUAUCAGAUGAUGAAGGAGACGUAAAUGAUGGAAAUUGAACAAAAUUAUCGGAUGUACACGCCUCGGAAUCCUUUCGAUUGAAUUCGUUAGGUCACUUUUCAUCAGUGAUGAACGAUGAUGUGUCAAUGUUAUGUAACUUCAUCAUGAUUGCGUCAUCUGUCCUUGUGUCGCGAUAAGCAUUUUGCAAUAAAUAAUGGCAAGCAAAUCUUGGAAUGUUCUGGUAACGGGAGGUGCUGGGUAUAUCGGUUCUCAUACAGUCUUGGAAUUAUUAAAUGCAGACAUUCAGGUGGUAGUAAUUGAUAACCUUAGCAAUGCACAUAAAGACUCGAAUUUUGAGAAACCAGAAUGCCUCCUUAGAAUAGAAAAAUUGACAAAUAAAAAUAUUACAUUUAUCAUAUGUGACAUUAUGAAUAUUAAUGAUUUAAGAAAUGUAUUUCAGAAGUAUACUUUUCAUAGUGUUAUACACUUUGCUGCAUUAAAAGCAGUUAGUGAAUCAUGUCAGAAACCACUUGAGUACUAUAAGAUUAACGUCAGUGGAACAAUAAAUUUAUUAGAAGUUAUGCGAGAGAACAAUGUAAAACAUUUUAUUUAUUCAAGCAGUGCUACAGUUUAUGGUGUACCUCAGCAACUUCCUUUAAUGGAAGAUAUGAAAACUGGUAAUUGCACGAAUCCUUAUGGGCAGACAAAGUUUAUGGUAGAAGAAAUAUUAAAGGAUUUGUGUAUAUCAGAUAAGGAAUUUUCUGUUAUAUCUCUGAGAUAUUUUAAUCCUGUUGGUGCACAUCCUUCAGGUCAAAUUGGAGAAGAUCCUAAUGGUGUACCAAAUAAUUUAAUGCCUUAUAUUGCACAAGUCUCUGUUGGAAAAAGGGAUACAUUAUUUGUUUAUGGUAAUGACUAUGAUACACCUGAUGGCACAGGUAUGCGUGACUAUAUUCAUAUUAUGGACUUAGCAGUAGGACAUGUGAAAGCCAUAAUUUAUCAAAAAACUCAUAAUCUGAGAGGAUUUAAGGCGAUAAAUCUUGGCACUGGAAAAGGCUAUUCUGUGCUUGAAGUUAUACAUGCAUUUGAGAAAGCAUCUGGAAAAAAAAUCUCAUACAAAAUAGUUGAACGUAGACCAGGUGACAUUGCUGUUAGUUAUGCGGAUGCUAGUAUCGCUAACAAAGAACUGGAUUGGAUUGCUACAAAAAUAUGGAUGACAUGUGUUUAGAUACAUGGAAAUGGCAACAAAAUAAUCCAAAUGGAUAUAAACAUUAAGAAACAGGAUAUAUAUUAUAUCUAAAUAAUCAAUUCAACCUUAUAUAUUUUGUCUUUCGUAUAUUGUCAGAAAGAUCAUGAAAUCACGGUGGUGUAUAGUUACCAAAGUUUAGACCAAAGUAUAUUAAAAAAUUACAUCUUAUAUCUGUUACAUUAAGUGAAUUUAGUAUGAAUAUAUGAUGCAAGUUUAAAA